AUGUACGUCGGCCACUUUGCCCUCGGCCUGCUUCUCGCCUCGCUCUUCCCUGCCGUCCCGCCAGCAGCGAGCAUAGUCGGCUCGACAUGGCUCGACCUGAUCAACGGCGUGUCCACCAUGGUGGGCGUGAACCGCGUCGCGCCAAACCUCUCCGCCGGCCCGUUCCUCUUCUUCGACCUCGUCUUCAUCGACUGGGACCAUAGCCUGCUCAUGGCCGUCGUGCUGUCGCUUAUCUGGGCGGGGUUCUACGCCAGGAAUGGAGCGACCGCCGCGGCUGUCGCGUUCGUGGCGAGCUUCGCCCACUGGGCAUGUGAUCUGCCCUUCCACAACGGCGACCUCGCUGCAUACCCCCACUCUGUGGAGCACUACGGCUGGGGCUGGUGGGGAAGGUAUCUCACCUACGCUUGGCUCCUGGAGGGUGCAUUCAGCGCCUUGUGUAUUGCCCUCGCGUACGGCCUGUUUGCCCGCCGCGGCGUCGAUAUCACGCGCGCCGUCGUCACUUGCGUCAUCCUCUUCCUCAACCUCUCCCCAUGGACAUCGCCAAUGUACUACAUCGCCCAGGCGGGCCACCCCGCCGACUACCUCCUUCACGGGGCCGCCGUCACCCUCGGCUUCGCCAUCCCUGGCUAUAUCCUCGGCAGCAUGGUCAAGAACGCAGAAGCGCGCGCUGUCAAGUCCGCAUCACGUAAAGCUAAUUAG